UAGGUGUCCAAAGCUUUGGAAAUAGUGAGAAGGGGGGAGGAGAGGGUAUGAUCUGAAUUGGGUUUUCCUUGAAUGGUUAUUCUGUUCGGAUGGAUUUAGUGGGAGAUGUGUUUCUGUGGACAAAAUCUUGGAAUAUAUGGUAUUUUGUUGAUUACCGAAGAAGACAAUGCCAAUGUAUACAAAAACAAACGGGUUUAGUAGAAGAAACAACACCUAGAAAUUCUUCAUUCAUGGCUUCUAGCUGUUGCAAGAUCUCUCCAAUCAUUCCCAUUUUUGUUGGUUUUCUUCUUGUUUCUUCUUCUCUUAGUCCCGUAGUAGUGUCGUCGUCGAUUGCGUUACAAAACGAUGAGCCUCAUAAUCGCCAGCUUCGGACAAACCAGACCUUCCGAGCUGGAGAAGAGUUGCAGAAGUUGAAGAGCAUACGAUCUCAUCUCAAGAGGAUCAACAAGCCUGCUGUCAAAACAAUUCAGAGUCCUGAUGGUGAUCUUAUAGAUUGUGUUCUAUCACAUCUACAACCAGCUUUCGAUCAUCCAGAACUGAAAGGACAGAAGCCAUUGGAUCUACCAGAGAGACCCAAGGGCCAUAGUCAGCCAGAUUCGGUGGCGGAUGUCUUUCAGGUGUGGACGAAUUCAAGCGAGUCUUGCCCAGAAGGAACAAUUCCGAUAAGAAGAACCAGAGAAGAAGAUAUCUUAAGGGCUAGUUCCAUUGGAAGGUUUGGAAGAAAAAUGAGAAGACCCAUUAGACGCGACACGUCUAGCAGUAACCACGAGCAUGCAGUUGGGUAUGUAAUGGGAGAACAGUAUUUUGGAGCAAAAGCGAGCAUUAAUGUGUGGGCACCUCAAGUGGCUAAUCAGUACGAGUUCAGCUUAUCCCAAAUGUGGGUAAUCUCUGGUUCAUUUGGCAAUGAUCUUAACACCAUUGAAGCUGGUUGGCAAGUAAGCCCUGAGCUGUAUGGAGACAAUUAUCCCAGGUUCUUCACUUACUGGACAACUGAUGCAUAUCAAACCACUGGAUGCUACAAUUUGCUGUGUUCAGGCUUUGUUCAAACAAACAAUAGGAUUGCUAUUGGGGCUGCAAUCUCCCCCAGGUCAUCUUUCAAUGGUGGGCAAUUCGACAUCAGCUUAUUGAUCUGGAAGGAUCCGAAGCGCGGGCAUUGGUGGCUUCAAUUCGCGUCGGGUCCACUGGUAGGGUAUUGGCCAUCUUUCUUGUUUAGUCACUUGAGGAAUCAUGCAAGCAUGGUACAGUUUGGAGGAGAGAUUGUGAACACUCGACCGUAUGGGUUCCACACGUCGACACAGAUGGGCAGCGGUCACUUCGCCGGAGAAGGAUUCAGGAAGGCUUCUUAUUUCCGGAACCUGCAAGUUGUGGACUGGGACAACAACUUGAUUCCUCCAUCAAACCUUCGGGUCGUGGCUGACCACCCGAAUUGCUAUAAUAUUCAAGAGGGACAAAACAAUGUUUGGGGUAAUUAUUUUUAUUAUGGAGGUCCUGGAAGGAAUGCUAGAUGUCCCUAAAAGGAAAUUGGUAUAGGGAUGAAGAGAAGAUCUUUCUCUUAAUUUUUUUUUUUUUCUUGAGUUGAUUCUGAGUUUUCUUUCUGAAUCGUUAAUGGGCUUGGGGUAUUCUUAGAUUUGAUUUCUUCUUAUUUUUUUCUGAAGUUAUUUUUUCUUCUAACAGGUGAUCCAUUAAUUAUACUACCUUUAGGGGCUUAUGUAAAUUUGAAAACAAAAGGAAAUAGUGAAUAUACUAUGGUUGUGAUUUUUUUUCUUC